UGUCAAUGUCAUAUGCGUAUUUUGUUUUCUUAAACUCAAAUGGCUUUCAAUUUGAAAAAUAAAAUAUAGUAAAACAAAUUAAUGAUGGAUUUAAAGAUCGAAGAUGCAACGAUAACAUAUGAGCAGGACGCCGAAAUCAUUUAUCUCCAAUACGACGGCGAGAUAGAUGACAACAAUAGCGAAAAUAUAAUUUUACAGGUGACUGAAGAAACAGAUGAUUGCGAUAUUAAUAAAGAAUAUUAUCGUGGGUCAGAAUUCUUAAAACCCGAGAACCUUAAUGAAGAUUUAAAUUCUGUGGUCGCGAUGUGCGUCGAGGCCAAAUACGAAGAUGACCCCUGCGAUAUCAACAAUGUUGUCCUUCCAAAAGAGGAGGCUGAAGAAGAGGACAUGGAAACAUCAAAGCAUAACACAAAUUUAGCGUCAUAUUUAAUGGUGGUGUGUAAAAGUACAGACAAUAAUGAGUUGAACAUGUACCGUUGCAAACAAUGUAGCCUGGUCGUGGGAUGCAUAUAUUGCCUCAAGUCCCACUUUGAGAGCGUUCAUGUGAAUGCGGGCAUAAUUCAGUACCAGUGCACCCAAACCAUGAGUUACACAAAGACCUCAGAGGUAUGCCCAAAGUGCAAUCUUGUGUGUAAAAGCAAAACUGAUCUUCUGGAGCAUAGAAAAGUGCAUUUUGUUAAAUGUGAGGUAUGUGAUACCACAUUUGAUAGCCCCCUUUAUCUAUCCAACCACUGUAAGAUGAACCAUAAAAAAUUUGAAGUGGUGCUGAGCUGUGAUCUGUGCAAUGGCUGGUUUAAGGAACUAUGUCAUCUAUCGGAUCACUAUGAACUUGCCCAUGGCAUGAUUCUGUGUAUUGUUUGUUUGAAACGUUUCGGAACAAAAGAGGAACUUGAGGAUCACCAUAGUCAUCAUUCUAUAGUUUUAAAAAUGGAAACGAUCUUGCCGUUUGCGUGCAGCAAAUGCGACGAGGCAUUCAGCAAAAUAGGCGACCUUAGUAGGCAUUUGACGCAAGAUCACCCAAAAUGUAAGAAACGGAAAGUUUUUGAAGGCGAUUUUGCAGUUUAUGAUAGUUUAAAAAACAAAAAGCCCGGGGCUAAAAAAAUUAAAUGAAACCCAAGUUUUCAAAGCUUUAUAGAUGUGGGAUGAAAUUUAUUUGGUUUCUUACAACCAAUAUUUUACAUUUAAUGGGUUCUGAUUGUGAAAUAAUUGGUUUCCACAGAGUGGUCAUAGUAAUAAGAGUUUAGUUAGUUCAAUAAAGUUUGAGAGUGUUACGUUUUUUAAAGCUUUUCUAUAAUGUGACAACAAAAGCUACGAUAUUUUAAUUUGGACCUAAAAUAAAAAAGUUUGUUAUAAAUUUGGAUUUUCAAUAUUAAACAUAUUGAGUUUUUUUUUAACAAUUUAAAUUUUGAAACUGUUGAAUAAUUUUUUUACUAACAAUUUUUAUUGAUAAUUUUCCGAUCUUAUGAGUUGGGAAGGGAUUAAAAUAUUACAGCUUUCAAUUUCAUAUAAUGUAAUUUUUCUCAGAUACUCGGUAUCUUGAGGAAUCUGAUAUUCCACUCUAGAGAAUUUUAAAAGUGACCAUCCUGUAAAAUUAAGAGCUGUUCAAUGGGGAUUUUAACAGGAUUAAAUUGCCCCAAGACUAGCUGAUUGUUGGAUGAUUGAUAAAAAAAGGAAAUAGGUGGUC